UGAAUAUUUUACUCGUUUGUGAUUUUCUCUCUCCUAGGGCACCAUCUUGAGAGGUUAUACCCCGUCAAAUUCUUCGUCGUUGAUCAUGUCUUCAUCAGAGAUGGACAACUCCGGUGACCAGAACUCGAACGCCGAUGGAUGGGCAACAUGGGUCGGUUUGAGUCUCGCUUCUGCCUUUUUCGCAUCCCUUGAACGUUUCUCAUGCGUCAAUCUCGAUACCUCCUAUUCUGACGACGAGGAGGAUGAGGAGGCUCAUGAUCGUCCCCUCAUGUUGACCACUUUCAAGCACAGCAUGGAUUCCCGGAACUCUGCCGAUGAUCUACCGGUUUGAUCCUUCCAAAUCUCUUUCCGAUCUAGCAAAUGUGUCGCAUUCAUUUUGUUUGUUUUUCUGCCCUAGUUUGAGAAUAAUAAAAGUUUCUCGAUUUGGUUGAGAUCUGCAUACGAAACAGAAUUUGCUAGAUUUGUUAUGUUGGUGACAAGAUUUUCAUUUCGUUGAAACAUAUAUGAUGUCCUAUAGUAACGUGUAUUUGUUCGUGGAGUCUAUGUUACUUGUACAUUUAAAUGCAAUCUGGAAAUCUGAAUUGGAGGUUUGCUAUUUUGUAAUAGCUUUUCAUACAUGUAUUUGUUUCCUU